UCAAAAGAGCCACGAGGCGGUCGCGCGCAGUUGACAUUUUAUCCACCUUCCAGGAUGUCGAACGCCUCCUUUUUCAACUCCGGGACGGCGGACGAGGAGCUCGUCAUCAAUUCCACGUUCGGGACUCUCCUGUCCGUCGUGUACGUCAUCGGCGUGUCCGGGAACGUGUACACGCUGGUGGUGAUGCGUCACUCCAUGCGCUUCGCCACGUCCAUGUACGUCUCCAUCGUCAACCUGGCGCUGGCGGACCUCCUCUACCUGUCCACCAUCCCCUUCGUGGUGGCCACCUACUUCCUCAAGGACUGGCACUUCGGCGACGUGGGCUGCCGCGUCCUGCUCAGCCUGGACCUCCUGACCAUGCACGCCAGCAUCUUCACGCUCACCGUCAUGUGCUCCGAGCGCUACCUGGCCGUCACCAAGCCGCUGGACACGGCGCGCCGCUCCAAGAGUUACCGCAAGGCUCUGGCGUGGGGCGUGUGGCUCCUCUCGCUGCUGCUCACCGUGCCCAUGAUGGUGAUGGUGGCCCAGACCACCGCCACGUCCCCGGACGGAGGCGUGAAGAGGAUGUGCGCUCCCGUCUGGGCGCCCGUGGCUUACAAAGUCUACGUGACGGUCCUGUUCGGCACCAGCAUCAUGGCGCCGGGGCUGGUCAUCGGCUACUUGUACGUCAAGUUGGCGCGCACCUACUUGGAGUCGCAGCGCAACUCUGCCGUCAGCAAAGGCGGGAAGCGCUCGCCCAAGCAAAAAGUUCUCAUCAUGAUCUUCACUAUCGUGCUGGUGUUCUGGGCCUGCUUCCUGCCCUUCUGGAUCUGGCAGCUGCUGCCUUUGUACCGCAGCAAGCCGCUGAGCUUGGCCUCGCAGACGCACACCUGCAUCAACUACCUGGUGGCGAGUCUCACCUACAGCAACAGCUGCAUUAACCCCUUCCUCUACACGCUCCUCACCAAGAACUACCGGGAGUAUCUGAAGAACCGCCACCGGAGCUUCUACCGCUACACGUCGUCGUUCAAGCAGCGGCCGCCCAGCUUGUACUCCUGGGGGAAGUCGGCCUCCUCCAGCAACCAGUUCGAGUUCAACUCGGAGACGCUCGUCAUGGGGACCCUCAAGUGACUUUCUGGGGUCUGAGUGAGCCGGAGGACCGUACUCCACCCCUUUCCUUCCCCUCCACUCCCUUCCCUACAGAUGGGUGCUUUAAGGCAGAGCUGGGUCGGCGAUGGCUUGUGUCGGGUCGCACGUGAAGGACACGGUGAUGGCGUAGCGGGUCCCCCAUGACACCGUCUCCACGCGAUGGAGGUUCUCAGAGCCGGAGGAAAAGAAAGACACUCUACCUGGGCAAGGAGAAAUCAAAAAAAGGGGAGACUUUUUUUUUUAGAAAAACAGGACUCAAAUGUUGAGUUUGACGGAUUUGAAAAUAGUUCCAUGCUUUCUUUAACAAAACAUGAACAUGUCUUCUUUGCAUAAAAAUAGAAGCAGGGAGAUACUAUAUUCAUAUCCAAAGAGAAACAACACCUGUCAACUUGACCAUUACAGUACUGCAGCAUUGAGAAAACCCCUGAGGUACCAGAUCCAGGUAUAAUUGGGGAUGGGGGGAAAAUGAUGACAUAAAGGGAUUCUUUAAACGUUAGUUAGUUCCUUCUUUAAGUUGCGUAGGGAUAUAUGAAUACCAAAUUAAUAUACCUGCAGCUAUGGAAGAGAAAAAGUGAGGUCAAACUCAAAAUACUGUCCCUGUUUGCUUUGUCAAUGUACUUUGUGUCAUUUUUUCCGCCCAUGUGCAGCUGAGAUAGGCUCCAGCACCCCCCUGCGACCCCAAAAGGGACAAGCGGUAGAAAAUGGAUGGAUGGCAUUGUCUUUAAACCUUGAGUGCGGUACAGUGCAACCCGGUGCCUCAGCGAGUGUGUUGCACACUCACUGGCUGUACUGACAAUGCAUUGACACUGUGUUGGUGUUUCAUAAUGGCGCCACCUGCUGAAUUUAUAAAGUCACUGCAUUUGACCUGCAAAUUAAAUUAAU